ACGUCACCUUGUUGGGAUAGGCGUCUACCUCGUUGACCGACAACGACAACUUUCCCUCAGCCCUAGGCCUGCCCGACAUAUGGAAGGCGGCAUCCCGACAAACCUCUGUGUGACCCCCAGGCGAAAGCGAACCUGGACGCCGUCUUCGACAACAAAUGCAUACUCGACUAAGCGGAGGCGGGUCUCGUUCGCGUCGGUGGACUUGAAGUCUGAGGUGACACCAGGACCGUCUUCGGCGGCGGCGCGCGUGCAGCCUUCGGGCGAUCGCUUCAUCUCCUCACGACCCGACAUCCAGGCUCCGCUCAACAUCACGCCCCGCACGCGGCGCAUCGCGAACGUCUUCGGGCUCAUCGACGACCGCGUGCUCCGGUUCACAGACCCGAACUCGGGCGUCGCCGACUCGUCCGACUACAACCACCUCCGCGUCAACUUUGCGCAGCUCCUCGCGAAGAAGAGCAAGGUCUCCCCCGCCUCCUGCGUCGCGACCCUCGGUGCCCGCAAGCAGUUCGUGCUGGCGCUCGACGGGCCCGGCGUCCCACCCGACCCCUUCGCAUACCCCCUCACCUGGUCGCGCCGCAACCAGAUCGCCGUCGCGUGUGGCAAGGACGUGUACUACCAAGACCUCGACAGCCGCGUCAUCACCCACCUGUGCAAGGUCAAGGCGACCCAGGGACGCCCGACCAGCGUGCAGUGGCGCACCGAGAGUCCGCACGAGAUCGCGGUGAGCACGACGUUGGGGUCGGUGCAGCUGUGGGACGCGGGCGUCGGAGAGGCGGUCAGAGAGUGGCAGGACGAGAACUGGGAGGCCGUCGGGGGGACGGACUGGCGGGGGUCGGUGCUGGCCGUCGGCCUGGACGGCGGCACGCUCCAGUUCUACGACGCCCGGCAAGAACAGCUCGCGGCCCGGCUGGACCUGCACCGCAGCAAGGUGCACGGCGUCAAGUUCAGCCCGGACGGCAACUACCUCGCGAGCAGCGACCAGCAGGGCGUCGUGUACCUGUGGGACAUGCGUGCGGGCAAGCCGCUGAGCGACUGCAAGAAAAUGGGCGGGCGGAUCAAGCACGGUGCUCCCGUGAAGGCGCUCUCCUGGUGUCCGUGGCAGCCCGACCUGCUCGCGACGGGCUCGACGUACCCGGACGGCAAGGUGCGCGUGUUCACGACGAAGGCGACGGCGCCGAUCGCGCGCGCGCUGCACGUGCUGCCGCUGCACACGGCGGUCACGUCCCUGCACUGGGCGGCGCACGCGAAGGAGCUGCUCAGCACACACGGCACGAGCUGGGACCCCCACGCGCCGCGCAACGCCGCCGGUCGCCCCGUCGCGGUCCCCACCCAGCUCACGAACAGCAUCACCGUGCACGCGUUCCCGAGCGGCCGCCGCCUCCUCAGCGUCCCCGCGCACGCCGGCGCCGUCGGCCACAGCUGCCUCAGUCCUGACGGCACGAUGGUCUUCACGAUCUGUCCCGCCGAGGAGGCGAUGAAGAUGUGGAAGGUCUGGAGCGCGCCUGAGCUGCCUGCGCGCCCCUCGAGCUCGUUCUCGGGCAAGUUUGGGAUACGCUAGUCAAAGCGGGGGAGGUGGUAUCGAAGGAAAAAAGGUGGUGGUGGGCUCGUAUCCAUGUGUGGUAUAUCACGGCUUGCUUUGUACUGCUUUUAUAAGGUCAUGUCUCAUGCACAAGUGCUUAUGUAUUCUGCCACACUCAUGUAAUCGGACUAUUCGUCUUGCC